AUGAUACCAGCCAGCAGCAGCAGUAGCGCCAUCUUUGCUGCGAUUGCCGCUGGAGACACCGCGGCGUUGCAGCGGCUUGUGCGCACGGCGGACGCGCAACAUGUGAAUGCGAUCACGUCCAUCAACAAGGCCGUGUACACGCCAUUGAUCCGUGCAGCCGAAGUCGGGGAUGUGGAUGCCGUCGCCAUCCUUCUCGCGCAUCCUGAUAUCAACGUGAAUCGACCGCCUGGCGUGCCGCCCAGCUCACCCUCGGCAUUGCAUCGUGCUGCUGAAAAUGGACACGCCCCAGUCGUAGCAUUGCUCUUGAGUCAUGAUGGGAUCCAAGUGAACGCUACAGCUGAGCGAGGUGUCACCCCACUCGAAAAGGCACUGUAUCGCAGACACGAACACAUUGUACAAAUGUUGUGGCCGGUUGUAAACGACGACUCGCGUGACAGGUGCUUUGAUAUAUUGCUGGGGUCGCGGCAAUACGAUCUUGCCGCUACGUUGCAUCGCGAUCGUCCUCGUCUAUGGAACUGCGACUUGCAAAUACGAGGCCAGCUCGUGCUUCAGACUCUAGCCCCAUAUCUUUGCAUGGACAGUGUCGUAGCGUUACUCGUCCAAGACCUCCCCAUAUCUGUCGACUCUACCAACCCUUCCCGGCUCGUAGACAACCCCGACCAUUCAUUAUAUUCGUGGAUGAUAUUCCUCGAUCCAGAGCUUAAAGUACCCGACGACGUGUCCAAGCUGGCCGUGAUCCAACGCAUUCUCGACCUCGAAUUAUUCGCCCAGGUCCCGCGCACGCAUGUAGUCCGGCGUCUCAUGGCGGCUCCAGAUGAGCACGGCCGCCCGGCGAUCGAUGCCGCCGACGCCGACGUUCGGGCGUUUCUGACCAACCAACUGUACUUUUUGGGGCGGUAUGAGCUGCUGCUGGACGCCCCCCCCGUGCACGUGAGCGCGACGUCCGUGGUUGUGCUGGCUUACGAUCAUGGCAUGUAUGCCCAAGUGUUUGAAGAGGAAGCAGAAGGGGACGUUAAUGACGGCUAUCUGCUCGACUUGAAUGGGUUCUGCAACUGUCUCAGGGCGUUGGCCCCGCUGCGCGCGACCGAUGAUAUCAGCGACGACGCCACUAUGCACCGUUGGGAAGCCGAGUUUGAAAUGUUGGACACCGACCGUGAUGACGUUAUCACAAGAGACGAAUUCCUGCGAUACUGUGACCAAACAUUUGGGCCCCAUCUCAAAGUUGCCAUCAAGUUCAUCAAAUCCCAGGCCGACUACGACCGCGAAUGUUACCAUCGCCAGCGUCUCGACUUGAACUUUGUAUUGGGGCUCGUGCCGAGUCCUGCGGAGCUCCCGGAUGAUUUUGCCCAAACCAUGUCUCAGCUACCUCUGUCGCAUCUCUCCCAUAUCAACAUGGCCGAGUAUGCCAACCUGGUUGUGAUGCCUGCCGCCGAUCGCAGUUUGGAGGACAUUUUUCUCAAAGAACGGCCAUCCGAAGCCCAAGUGAUCGAUAUGAUCAAGCAGGUUGCGGCAGCAUUGGACCAUUUACACAGCCAUCGCAUUGUACAUGGAGACUUGAAGAAGCUGAAUGUGCUGCGAAUGGGAGUUCACCUCAAGUUGAUCGACUUGGACGCGUCUACUCGAAUAGGCGACGUCCUCGGCGCGAAAUUCAGCUCGGGGAUUCUCCCUCCAGAAAUGUUCUAUCGACGGUCUGACGUCCCCACAACGAUCCAAGGCAAUCAAACCACCCCACAGUAUGCCGUUCGCGCUAGCUUUCCACUCGAGUCGUCAGCUACUUCCAGUGAAAAUACCUCAGCAACUCCGCCGCCCAAGUUGCCGUACGAGUUGAUUCCUGCAUCUCCAGCGGUCGAUAUGUGGGCAUUAGGCUGCAUGUUGUUUCAAUUGCUAUCUGGGGAAGAACUCGUUCCCACGGAUGUCAACCAAGACGUGACAGCCGACUACAUUGACGCCGCGGCGACGGGGCGGUAUGUGGACAACGCCACUCGAACGUGGAUGGAGGAUGCGUUGGACAUGAAUGAUGAAGAGAUGGGAGUGCGGAUGUUUGAAGACAUGGCGUGUAAGGAUGCCACGUCACGACACGAGUCAGUUCGAGGCGCGGCGUUGAGAAGACUCAAGCUCUGGUUUCUUGAAAAAGACCCCACGGAAUCGUUUGCAGGACUCGAGCGCGUGCUCGUAGGCGAUGGCCAAGUGCGGUGGACGUCCCAUGUGAAUGCCCAACGCAUCCGACGACGACAACACGAGCGACCCCACGAAACCAAUAACUGGGGUAGUGGGGGGGGUAGUACUGAUGGAGGAUUUUACGUGUAG